AGCAAGUAUUGACUAUGCUCACAAUGUUUUACGAGUUCAUUGAUCGAUGAUAUCAAUUGAUUGUGGCGGGAUCCUGCAUCAUCUUCACGUCAACCAACUACUUGUUCAGUCAGAGUCAAUGCUUUGAAUUAAAUACGCCUCCUGAUUCACCACAGCUUUUCCACCAGGCUUUAUAUAUAUAUAUGUGUGUGUGUGUGUGUGUGCCAUGACGUCCAACACUCUGAGCGAGCAGAAGCGCGUCCCUCAAACCAUGCAAGCAUUGCAUCUCCCUCCCGGGCCAUACAACAAGGAGCACAUGCCCAUGAGCUCCUCGUCACUCAUCUACCGCGUCGACGCGCCAGUCCCAAUACCCUCAGCUCGCCAGUAUCUAAUAAAAGUCCAGGCGGCAACUGUUCUUGCAGGAGAGGUGCAAGCCCAGCUUCUUCGCGCGAGCAGCAGCAGCAACUCUUCCAACGGCAGCAUCAACCUACACGGCCACAUCCCCGGCCGCGAAUUCAGCGGCAAAAUCAUCAGCACGCCACAACAAGACUAUGCCAAAUCCACAGGUCCGGCCUACAAAGUAAACGACCAGGUUUUCGGACUGCUGGAUACCGAGCAGAACGGCAACGGCGCUGCGGCGGAUUAUGUACUAGCGACGGAGAACGAGUUGGCGUGGAAGCCGCAGAAUGUGUCGGCGGCGGAGGCUGCUACCAUCCCACUGCCGGCGUUGACAGCAUGGCAGGGCUUAUUCUCAUAUGCCACUCUCGAUCCAGAUGACGGGCCGUGUAAUCGGCCGGCAGAUGGGCCGCUCAGAGUGCUUGUCACGAAUGCAGCAGGGUCGGAAGUUGGCCGGCAGGCGAUGCGGUUGCUGCAGAGUCGGGCUCUAUUCCCGGAUCACAAAUCGCACGUUAUGGGCGGAGGGGAUGAGAAGGAGAAGCCGGUCUGGAUAUGUGCGACGGGAGCACGCGAUGACCAUGGGUAUCUGUGCGGGGAGCUGGGGGCCGAUGCGGUGACUUCAGGCACGGAUAUCGCAGCGGCGUUUCGGGAGAAUGGAUGGGAUCCGGUGGAUAUUGUGUUUGAUUGUAUAGCUGCUGGGGGCGCGUCGUUACGACAGGUCCAUUCCCCGGUUGUGGUGAAGGAUCAUGGCCAUGUGAUAACUCCGUACCGGUGUCCAUCUGCACACCCUGAAAAGCCUGCGGAGAGAGAAGAGAAGGCAGAAAUAAGGACGCGCAAUCUCACCAGUAAGGUGAUCAAUGUCAAGCCGGAUGUUAAGCAGUUGGCGAAGAUUGCAGAGUUGGUGGAGAAGGGGGUGUUGAAGCCUGCAGGGUUUCUGCAGGUGGAGGAUUUGCUGCAUGGACGAGAAGCGUUGAUUCAAGCAGAGCAAAUUAGUGGCUCUCAAGGACAGGUUGUCUUACGAGUAGAUCCUGCGAUGGAUUGAUGAUUCUCUAGGUAUAUUUUUUGUAUAUGAAUGCAUUCUGCCUGCCCUCAUAGAAAAGUUUUAAUAUUAAAUAAACAUCAAAUUGAAAGUAAAGAGAAGAUAAACGUAAAGCGGAACAGGAAAGCAUGUCCAUCGAAGCGAAAGGUAAAGGUCACAAUCCAAUAUUUCGGCUUAUCAACUCCGCGUCAGAGAUAACAGAAGGCAGACAGGUGAAAUCUCCUGUGCCACAUCGUCAUUAUCGUCUUAUCAAAGGCGUGUUUAACUGGGGUAUUUCACAGCUUUGACCCUUUGGCUUUUUUGUUUCACACCUUCCCAUACCUUUAGAAAACAAGGAAACAUUGUGUUGAUAGCACAGAAGGGGAAGCAAUCCGAGGAGUUUUCUUGGAAAUAUCAGCCUAG